GCAAUCUAAAGUCCCCUUCCAGCUACCUUGUGUCUUUGUGCUGCGCUUCUGUUCCUGUUGGUUGGAGUGCAUAGAGGGGAAGCAACUGAGUGGUCUGACUGACGCUUCUAGGGCUUCAGUAUUUCAGAGGAGGAUUAAGAGAAGAGAGAUGUUCAGUGUGUGCUAAUAAACUGAUAUUUUCUGUUGGUGAUUAAGCCAGGAAAGAAGGGAAGAAAAACACACUUUUGUAUAUAGGAGCCAACUAAGAGAUCUCUGGAGUUCCAUAUUUCACAUCUGACAUGAUGAUUAAAUCAUUCACUGACAUUUUGGCUGCUAUGGGAUAUGUGAUCAGUACAGAGAGAGAAAAUUUUUCAUGGAAAUUUAUAAUGGAACUGCUUGGAACUGGAUUGCUCAUAAUGACUGUAUUUUCCUAUUGCAGAGAAAUCCACAAGAAACUGGAACUCAGGAAAGAAAAUGAACAACUCAGGAAGGGAAUUGAACAAUUCACAAAAGAAAAAGAACAACUCACGAGAGAAAAUGCACAACUCAUGAGAGAAAAUGAACAACUCAAGAAAAAAAAUGAACAAUGCACCAAGGAAAAUGAACAACUCAAGAGGGAAAUUGAGAAGAAGAAGGCUCAAUUCAAGUCUGCAUGAAGGGAAAUACCAUUAUAUGCUGUAAAUCUGACUCUGGAUUCAGCCACUGCCCAUCCUGCGCUCUUUCUGUCUGAAGAGGGGAGAAGAGUAACCUGGCAAGAACCAUGUCAGGAACUUCCCAGCUGCUCACAGAGAUUUGUCUCCCUUCCCUGUGUGCUUGGUCAGCUGCAUGUCAGCUCAGGGAGAUACUUCUGGGAGGUGGAGGUUCAGAACACACAUUCCUGGGACCUGGGAGUUUGUAGGAAUAAUGUAGCAAGGAAUGGGAGGGUCACAAUGUCACCACAGAAUGGUUUCUGGGCCAUUAGGCUCUAUGAUGGGGUGUACUGGGGCCUCACAUCCCCAGAAACUUCUCUUAUUCUAAAAGAAAAACCCUGUAGGGUGGGAGUAUUCCUGGAUUAUGAGGCUGGAGAUGUAUCUUUCUAUAACAUGACAGAUGAAUCCCACAUAUUCACAUUUUCCAAACAAAAAUUUUAUGGUGUCCUAAGACCACUUUUUAGACUUUGGUCCUCUGACUCAGGUCCUCUGAUCAUUGUCCAGAUGGAGGAGAACACAAUGAUGCUGUAAUUCAUAUGCCUAACCUUCCACGAUGAUUAUAAUUCUUCCCACUAGACACAAAUUUAUACUUUUCUUCCUCCUUUACUGAUUUAUCCUAAGUUGAAGCUCUGAUACACAGACUGAUGGUUGUCUCCCAUAUUACUUCUCCCUUCUUCCUAAGUUAUAGAUCCCUCUUCUUCUCACUCUGCCUAUGACAGCCUAGUACAAAGAUUAGUAUUCCUGGCAUCCCCUGCUGAAUGUGACUAAAUUAUGAGCAGUGCAUUUUAAGAUGAAUUAUGCUGUAUGACUCUUUGGAAAAGACCCUGAUCCUGGUAAAGAUUGAGGGCAGAAGGAAAAGAAGUUGACAGAGGAUGAAGCAGUUGGAUGGCACCACCAAUUCAAUGGACAUGAACUUGGGCAAACUCUGGUAGAUGGUGAGGGACAAGGAAGCCUAGUGUGCUGUAGUCUGUGGGCUUGCAAAAAGUUGGACACGACUUGUCGACUAAACAACAACAUUCAGUAUGAUCUCUGGAAUGUGUUCUUAAAGGAAAACUAUGUGAUUUUCUUCUUUUCUCUAUUUGAAUGGCCAGAACGUGGCAUGAUGGAUGGAUCUCUAAGAACAUCUCUGAUCAUGUAAUAUCAUACAGACAGAAAAGAAGAUACUAAUAGAAUAAAUCUAGAGUUUUGACAGCUUUAUGAGACUACUAUAUUCUCACUUUCUGAAUUACUUCCAGUAAGAAACAAAUUUUGUAUCUUUAAAUCAUUUGUAUGUUGUAUUUUUGUCUAUUGUGACUGAAUCCAGUACUAUCUCAAGCAUGCUGCCUUUAAGGAUGGUAGCAGAUGACAUCCACAGUUGAAUAUUCAGAUGAAACAGAAGUGUAAAGUCCUGUACUUGCUUGCUCAGCUACUCCAGUGUGUCAGUCUCAUUUAGGGUCUUUCAAUUUCUCCUGAAUCCUCAGCCCCUCUUGACUUUACUUCCUAUCCUCUUCUUUGUGGGUACCAUGGUUAAUAAUUUUAAGUAUUAUCUUAAGAGUGAGUAAAGAUCCCUGGCCUCAUUGCCCUUAUAUCACAUGUACUUGAAAAAAAACUCCAAAUAUGGAUAAAUCUAAUUACCCAUCUCUCA